UCCAAUUUUUGAGAUCAUACUUCCUAUAUAUUGUUUAGCUGCAUCGUUAGAUCUUCGUCCAACGCGUUCACACCGUGUAAUACCACUUAAUACAUAUCGUUAUGACGCUGGCUGUAUUGCUUCCAAUACUCGUUAUUUUCGGAAUUCUUUCGGGUAAUUUUGCCUCAGUAAGAAGAGACAAUGUAUUCUAUCUUCUGGGAGGUGAUGGUAUAUAUGUGAUAGAUCCAGUGGCAAAACGUCUGGUUGCUAAAAUAACCAACACAACAGCGCCCGGGCUGUGUACCAAAAGCAAUAACCGAGUGUCAAGAAACGACUGCUGGUUAAGUCAGGCUUGUGUUGUUGAUGACGCGGUUUUCGUCGCAGACGCAUCAGGAAAUUCGGUGCACGUGAUUGAUGUCAGAACACGCGAAAAAAUUGAAACUAUUCCUACAGACCCGUUCCCCAUCGGCUUGCAGUGUCUGCAGUGGCGCAAAGAAGUCUGGGUACAUUCUUGGAAUCUUUCCACGUUUGACGUCAUCGCAACUGAAAGUCGUGAUCGUACCCACAAGGCCUUGCGAGCUCAUAUAAAACCAGGUUGGACGCAUGGUUAUAUGGUUUCCGACAAAGACUUGCACAAAGGAAAGACGGCUUUCGUUACACAUUUCAAAAAUCCCGGAAUUCACGAAUUGAACUUAGAAACGAAGACCUACACGAGUUUUCGUAACUUCUCAAAGUACGGCUGCACAGGAACCAUGGGCAUUGCCUAUAACGCGUACAACAAAUACUUGUUCGUGGAAUGUCAAAAACGUCAUCGAAGUUUGUCGUUAGUUGCACAAGACACCAGCGGUGGUAGUGCAAUUAGUUGGGAAAUUCCCGGCGUUCCAUUUGUUUCGCCUAAUGGUCGGUAUGUUGUGAUCCUUCAUCGCAAAACAAGUGUAAUGAAUAUUUUUGCCGUGAAAGGACCUGACGGGCUUAAAGUUUCUUAUUACCCGAGACUCUACAUUCCCGGCGGUGUAUCCCAUGCGGUGUUUUUCCCAAAGGGUAAAACCUCGAAUAGCUACUACGUAUUCGUUACGCUUGAUUACGCAAAAAGAAUAGCGGUCAUUGACUUGAGUUUAGCAGAAAAAAGAAAUAUCUCCGACGUAAAAUACAUCGAAAACGUCGGCUUCCUCGACACAACAACACACGGCGCAUCAAGAAAUUUGUUUAUCAACGAUAAAUGGAUCAUUUCCCCGGCAACCAGAGACAAGACGGUGGUGAUUAUUAAUGCAGAGACCCAGAAGAUUCAUGGGAAAAUUAGCGGAGUGAACGCGGGAACCUUCGCAGUCUGGGUUCAAGAAUCACCUGCUAGUGGGACCUCUAGAAAAGAUGUUCCGAGCUGUUUCAUUUUUUUGUCUUUUUGUGUGUUUUUGCACAAUCUUAAUUAUGAAUAAAAUGUCUGCAAAAAUCUUGGUGCAUGUAACUAACCUAAGUAAUUUUUAAAGUAUGUGGGAUAUGAACAACAUAAUGAUGCAACAUAUUCAUCAAGAAUCAGUUAAUUCUAUCCGUAGUCUAAUACAUAACGAUGUAUGGGUCUUGAUAGAACUUAGAGAAAGUUAAUAGUAAAAAGAAAUAAGAAAUACUGAAAAACCAUAAUAAAAAUUUGCACUAAAAAUAUCUGCAAGAUGACCUAUAUGCAUUUGCCAUGCAUUUUACGAUAAACACCUCGAAACUGUACAGUACUGCCCAGAAAUAACCUAACAAAAAUCGCGGUUGACCUAAAUCAAACCUCGGUCUGACAGACAUUUGCUACGAUUUUUUCGAUUUGGUUAUUGCGUUGUAGGGACAUACGUAGCUAAAUCAAGUUAAAUUGAGGGGGGGCAUAUUCAUAUAAUUUUUAUUUGUAUCAUAACUAUGCCCACCCCAGCAACAAUAAACUGUGGUCUCGGCGCAGUUCUUUGCAUCCGGUCCCCGCUGGCGCUAAAUAUAACAUACGCGAUGCAUAGCAAUUCUUAAUAGAGUCAAUUUGCGAACCCAAAUUUUGAAAUUAUUUUGUCACAGAAAUUAACUCAUGCACAAGCUACUGUAAUAUGGGCUUUUUGCAACAACUAUAAUUCAGUACUUUCAGUCGAAGAGCAAUAUUCCUUUUAAGUCUUUGCGAUAAUCUGUUUU